AUGGAACAGGAUUGGCCAAUACUUUUGGAACCUCCCCCAUCAAGGGACAAAAACUUGAAUAAUCAUAACAAAUUAUUUAUUGUCCUCGCCUUGGUGGCUGCUGCCUCUGCCCAACUCAGCAGUGAAUACUUGCCACCUGUAGCUGCUAGCACCACCUAUGAAGUAGCAGCCGCCGCUCCAGUCACAUCCUAUUUGGCCCCAGCUGCCUCAUUUGAUACCGUUGAAGUUGCUGCUCCAGCUCAUAGUUAUUCCGAUGCUGAAGGUUAUCGUUAUAAGACGCAAAAACGUGGUGUUGUCAAAACUGCCCGUCGUCAUCGUCGUGAUGUUUCCACCGAAUAUUUGCCACCUGUAGCUGCCAGUACCACCUACGAAGUUGCUGCUGCUGCUCCAGUUGUUGCUGCCGCCGCUCCAGUUACUUCCUACCUGGCUCCAGCUGCCUCCUUCGAUACCGUUGAAGUUGCUGCUCCAGCCCAUAGCUUCUCCGAUGCCGAAGGCUAUCGUUACAAGACACAAAAACGUCGUGUCGUCAAAACUGCCCGUCGUCAUCGUCGCGAUGUUUCCACCGAAUAUUUGCCCCCUGUAGCUGCCAGUACCACCUAUGAAGUUGCUGCCGCCGCUCCAGUCACAUCUUAUUUGGCCCCAGCUGCCUCAUUUGAUACCGUUGAAGUUGCUGCUCCAGCCCAUAGCUUCUCCGAUGCUGAAGGCUAUCGUUACAAGACCCAAAAACGCCGUGUUGUCAAAACUGCUCGUCGCCAUCGUCGUGAUGUGUCUACCGAAUACUUGCCACCUGUAGCUGCCAGCACCACCUACGAAGUUGCUGCUGCUGCUCCAGUUGUCGCUGCCGCCGCUCCAGUUACUUCCUACCUGGCCCCAGCUGCCUCCUUCGAUACCGUCGAGGUUGCUACUCCAGCUCAUAAUUAUUCCGAUGCUGAGGGUUAUCGUUACAAGACACAAAAGCGUCGUGUCGUCAAAACUGCCCGUCGUCAUCGUCGCGAUGUUUCCACCGAAUAUUUGCCCCCUGUAACUGCCAGUACCACCUAUGAAGUUGCUGCCGCCGCUCCAGUCACAUCUUAUUUGGCCCCAGCUGCCUCAUUUGAUACCGUUGAAGUUGCUGCUCCAGCCCAUAGCUUCUCCGAUGCUGAAGGCUAUCGUUACAAGACCCAAAAACGCCGUGUUGUCAAAACUGCUCGUCGCCAUCGUCGUGAUGUGUCUACCGAAUACUUGCCACCUGUAGCUGCCAGCACCACCUACGAAGUUGCUGCUGCUGCUCCAGUUGUCGCUGCCGCCGCUCCAGUUACUUCCUACCUGGCCCCAGCUGCCUCCUUCGAUACCGUCGAGGUUGCUACUCCAGCUCAUAGUUAUUCCGAUGCUGAGGGUUAUCGUUACAAGACACAAAAGCGUCGUGUCGUCAAAACUGCCCGUCGUCAUCGUCGCGAUGUUUCCACCGAAUAUUUGCCCCCUGUAACUGCCAGUACCACCUAUGAAGUUGCUGCCGCCGCUCCAGUCACAUCUUAUUUGGCCCCAGCUGCCUCAUUUGAUACCGUUGAAGUUGCUGCUCCAGCCCAUAGCUUCUCCGAUGCCGAGGGAUACCGUUAUAAGACCCAUCGCAGCCGUGUUCUCCGUCGUCAUCGUAAUUAA